CUCCGGGCAGCCCUAGUGACCACGCGCCUGGUGCCGCUCGAUGUCCCCCUGCACCUCAUCUGUGGGUCAAAGUUUCUGGUACCGGCCCUCACCACGCACCUGGCCUCCUGGGAGGACUCUGGGUGGAUAGGAACCCGUUUUGCGGAAGAACUCCGCGCCCUAGUGAGCUCACUCCGCCGACGGUGUGCGCCGACAUAUCUAAAACGAGCAGGGACUGAUUCAGAGUGGGGAUCGAUAAACCGUGCAUCCCUGCUACUCACCGAUGGUGCUCAGCGCGGUGACCCCCAUGACUCCGACCUAGAAAGAGAAGCAGCCUUCGACCUGUCCGGAGUCCGGUUGGCGCUCCUCACGCAAAAACUCGCCUACGCAGGGAUACGAGCAACCGCUAAAACAGAAGACCGUCGACGUACGGUCGCCGGCGUCGCUGAGUGCAUGGCGGCCAUGGCGGAGGCGGGCUUCAAGGACCCUCGGCCGGCAGACCUAUGGCGGAGCAUCCGUCAGCGGGACCUGCAGCGACCGGUCAGCGACUUCCUGUGGAAAGCGGUCCAUAGCGCGCACCGUAUAGGACCCUACUGGACGAAGAUACCGGGAUACGAAGACCGCGCGCGGUGUGCGGCGUGUGGGGAGGAGGAAUCCCUGUUCCAUAUCCUCCUCGCCUGUCGUGCCACGGGACAGAGUGUAAUCUGGGAGCUCGCACAACAAGUCUGGGAGAGGAAAAAGCUCCCCUGGGAGGUACCGGCAUUAGCUGAAAUCCUCAGUAUAGGAUCGCGUUUCUGGACACGCCCGGGGAAACGCACCCGGCGAGAGGGCGCAUCCCGCCUCUGGCGCAUUCUCAUCUCCGAGUCCGCCUUCCUCAUAUGGAAACUUCGGUGUGAGCGGGUGAUCGCACAUGCGGACGAGGACGACUGGCAGCACUCCGCGGCGAGCGUUCGAUGCCGCUGGCUGUCCAUGAUCAACCUGAGAUUACACCGCGACAAAGCUAUGACACACCGCCGUUUCGGACGUAUCGCGAUCCCAGCCCUAACUGUGCUUAGCACCUGGAACGGCGUGAUACACGAUGAGUCUGCUCUACCCCGAGACUGGACCACCCAACCGCAGGUUUUAGUGGGUAUUUCGCUCCGCAUCCCCCUGGACGCUGGGUGA